CUUGGGGUUCCUGCAGCAGCCACUGCCCUGCCUAACCCCUCCCACAAUGUUGGUUGGUUCCCCCCACAUGCUAACACUGGAUGAAGCUGAUGCCACAUGGACCCUCAUCAAAGAUAAGGUUAUCGAAGAGCGCUUUGGGCCCAAUGUAGUGGCAGUACCUUUCCUGUCGGAUGCAGCCUGCUAUGACCUACUGGGUGUGCUGGUGAAGCAGUCCCGCCCAGGCCACACCCGCCUGACUUUGACAGGUCGGCAGGGACGGCGAGCACUACAACCAGUGGGACCACUACCGAACCUCCUGGAGCAGGCAGGGUCUGAGGGUGCCUUUGCCCACUGCACUCGGGAAUACUCACCAAAAAGCGGAGCAGAGAUAGCCUAUGAAGAAAUGCGACUCCUGGAUGGGCAGCCCUGCCGGAUCCGCCUACAUUUGGGUGGCCUGCGCAAGAAGGUGGCAUUCUUGUUGCUGCCACCAGGGCAGGUGAGCCUACAGAAGACUCUUCCCUGGCUCCGAAGCACCCACAGCAUCUAUGUCAUCUACCAGGUGUUCUCCUGUUCCUGGAUGCAGCUGGGGCUAUUGCCUACAGGCCAUGAGCCCCAGAUGCUCCGGUUACAACGGUCACUGCCUAUUGCCUUUUCAUGCCUCAAGUUUUCACUGCAGCCCAAGGGAGUGCUAGGACCACAAAAGGCCCUGACCAAAGACCCACAGCUGCAUGGGACCAACUGGGUCAGACCUAACCUCAACAUCAUGACACCUCUGGCGUCCCCAUCAGCCCUUGAUGAUAUCCCUGAAGCUGCUGAUGUGCCCCCACCUGUCCCAGCCCCAUCUACACCACCUCCCCAGGAAGGGCCAGAGUGCAGACUCACCAGAGUCUCCUACAAGGGUCGAAACCCAUUCCGAAAGGGGCCCCAGAUGCUGUCAGAGAACUGGCUCUUCAGCCCCCGCAGCCCCCCACCAGGAGCCCAGGGUGGGGGCCCCGGGGACCCCGACCGGCACUCCAUGUCCCUGCCCCUGCUGCAGGGUCUGUCCUCAGAGUUCGACAGCGACGACUGAAGUUGCGCAAAGAGAUGCAAGGGACAAGGGGCAAGGUCCCCAAUAUCUGGUAUAGGGAUACUGGCCCCCAAUAAACAUCAGCUGCUGCUCCCC